UAAAUAUUCAACAUUUACUAAUCUCGUUGUUUUAUUAUUACUACUACUACUAUCACUAUUACUAGCAAAUUUCAUUUCACCAGUUGAAAUAUUCUAUUCUCAGUUUAAUUUAAAAAUAUUAACGUUUGAAUGUUUGUUGGGUCUUUGGGAUUUUGUUUGUACAACUGGCACGUUACUAAGUUACCAAGCAGGCGUAAAUGAAGCGAAGACUGCACGAUCGAGUCGAUUAUGAUGAUGAUGCCCUCACAGGUGGUGAUGAUGAUGAUGACAGCUAUUCCCUCAAUGGAAAGUGUACAGGCUCUCCGACACAAAGUUGCCUCAUUCCCGAUAGAAAGAAAAGAAGAGGGAUAAUUGAGAAGAAGCGGCGAGAUCGAAUCAACCAAUGUCUCAUGGAGCUCAAAAGAUUGGUCCCUGCCGCUUUCGAGAAGCAGGGUUCAACAAAACUGGAAAAAGCGGAGAUUUUGAAAAUGACAGUGGACCACUUGAAGAUGACCCAGGCAACAACAGCCAACAACAGCACCAGCAGCAACAACAUAAACAAAGAUAAAAAAUUCUGCAAAGGUGGGUUGAUAGAGAGCAGUGCUUCAACAAGUGUUAAUUACAAACUGCUUGGCUACCACGAGUGUGCCAGUGAGGUAGCCAGGUACCUGACGACCUACGAGGGUCUGGGCUCGCAAGAUCCACUCUGCGUCAGAUUGCUCAAUCAUCUCAACUACUACGUCACACAACAACAACAACACCAUCAACAGCAUCAACAACAUCACAAGUAUAAUCAUCAUCAGUUACAUGUACCAAAAUUGCAUUUCCAACACACAAUCAGCAACAACAACCGAUCGUCACUGUUGUCCGUGGCCACCUCUGAGAACACUCAAUUGCAGGUUCAAUCGGGACUGGGCUACUGGGACCAGCCACCAACUCGCCCCAUUGCAAACCGGCCCUACAC